AUGAUGAAGGAACAAGAGGUUCCAGAAACCAACCUCAAUAAGUUCAAGUACACGCAGCAGGCUUUACUCACCACAUCCUCUGAAACCUUCACCAGAGGCACGCUGUCUGAAGCCGCCUUCUCCAAUUGCCGGUCAGCGAUGUUUCUUUCCGAGAGAAGAGCACUACUGACCAAAGCAAUCCUUGCCCCAUCUUCUGGUCUUCUAAUAUUGGGUGUUGCCAAAGUUGAUAAACCCAACUUUCUCGGAUCCAUCUGCACUAAUAUUGUUGGAAUAAAUGUUGUGACCGAUGGCGCUAAGGUUAGGGUUGGGGAAGUCCUCCCUUCCUUCACGGCCACCUUGGCCUUGGCUGGCAUUGCUCAUCAAGUUGGUGUUAUGAAAGUUGACUAUCCCAACACAUUCGGCUCCAUUGACUGCGGUAUUGCUAUUGUUAUGAAUAUUGCUGGUGACGCAGUAAUCUUCUUCAUUAGUUGUCUUGUUCGUGUUGCUGAAGUUGUGGAACCCUUCCGGUGCUCCAUCUCCUUUAAUCUCAUUGCCAGAGAUGUCCUCGCCGAGACCUUUGGGCUUCUUCCGUUCACCGCCACGGGCAUUGGUUCAGACGGUAUCAGAGCUGCCAUGGGGGAAAAUCCCAACAUCUGUGGCGCCACUGGUUUCGUUGAUUUCAUUUUUAGGAUAAUAGUUCCUGCUGCUGCCGGCUCCUUCAUUAUUAUGAAUCCCUUUUCUCCUAGUACUCAUCCGCCUUCUGCUUCUUCAACGAUCCUUCUCAGUAGUAGAAGGCAUGACGUAUGUGGUGUUGCUGACGUUGUGAAUCCCAGUUUCCUUGGCUCCAUCGUCUGCACUAAUUUUAUUGUAAGAAAUGUUGUAACUAUUGCCACGUUCAUUGAAGCCCUUCGUUCCUUCGCUGCCCCUUUUAAUUUGGACGGCGGAGUUGCCAACGUUGGAGAUCCCAACACCUUCGGCGCCUUUGGUUGCUGUAAUUUCAUUAUGACAAAUAUUGUUCCCACUGCUACUGCUGCUGCGACUGCUGCCGUCGCUUUCUAUUUCUUUAUUCCUUUUCAUCUCUUCUUCCUCAGUUCUCUUUCGUUGGAGCUUUGGAAUAUCAAUUUCUUUUUGGGGAAACUUCAGUGUUACUAUUUCAGCUGGAAGCUGAUCCUGAAUAAACCUUUUUUGCCUAUCCAUAUGCACUUGAAUUAA